GCCGUCGCCCUGCGUGCUGGGCAUGCCCCGCGCGGGCGGCGCCGAGCUCCCGGAAGGCCCGCGGCCCCCCGCCAUGGCGGUGGGCGAGGUCCCCGAGGACCCGAGCCCCAGGGAGCGCUCCCGGAGAGGCGCAGCCGCUGAAGGCAUCCUGAGGCUGGUCGGAGAGGGCUGACGGCCUGGCGGACGGCCUGGCGGUGCCCCUCCCCCGAGGCUGGGGGGCGCUCUGCCCCCGCUGUCGGGGGGGACCUCCUUCGGCGCGGAGUUCGCCGACGCGACUCGCUGGAAGAGCCGUCAACAGUACGUGCUCGUUCUCAUGGGCUACUGCAUCGGCGUGGGCAAUCUGUGGCGCUUCCCUUACCUGUGCGGGAAGUACGGCGGGGGGGCGUUCGUGAUCGCGUAUCUGAUCAUGCUGCUCGCGGUUGCGGGCCCGCUGUUCUUCUACGAGUCGGUGUUGGGCCAGAAGUUUCAGAGGGGCCCGGCAGAGACGUUCCGCAAGAUGGCCCCUCGGUGGGUGGGCGUCUCCUACAUCCCCGUGGUCAUGACGCUGUUCUUCCUGCCCUACUACCAGCUCAUCGUGGCCUACGCCCUGCACUACUUUCUGGCAUCCUUCCAGUCGCCGCUCCCCUGGGUGGACAAGCUCACCCCGGAGAGCAGUAUCUGGACGAUGUGGUCCUCAACCGGGUCGAGGACGUCGGGGCUCCCGGCGGCGGAGAGAUCCACGGGCCCCUGCUGUUCGAGGUCGUUGUGGUGUGGGCGGUGACGGUGCUCUGCCUGAUCAAGGGCAUCCACUCGGCCGGCAAGGCCGCCUACGUCACCGUCAUCUUGCCGGUGAUAAUGAUCGUUGUGCUCUUCUGCCGGUGCAUCUCGGGGCGGCCAGAGCCAGAAUGGUUGUGAGGGUCGCCCCCUCGGGUCAGCAUCGUCGAGGCUGUCCCCGUCCCCGCGGGGCCGUGGUGUCGAAGCCCCACCAGCCUUCCCCCACGGAUUGGGAUGGGCCCCGCGAGUCCCGUCGGGA